UGUCAUUGCCCAUAAACACUCACUGGCAUGCGUGGUGUGUUCUUUUCUUUUCUAAAAACUUGACAAAAAUGGGUAUCGACAUAAAUCAUAAAUAUGAUCGGAAAGUUAGGAGAACAGAACCUAAAAGUCAAGAUGUAUAUCUAAGGCUCUUAGUAAAACUUUAUCGUUAUUUAGCCCGUCGUACAAAUGCUAAAUUUAACAAAAUCAUUCUUAAAAGAUUGUUUAUGAGUAAAAUAAACAGACCACCACUUUCGCUAUCUAAAUUAGCUCGUUUAAUGAAAAAACCUGGCCGUGAAGGACUUACGGCAGUUAUUGUAGGAACAGUAACUGAUGAUGCCAGAAUUUUUGAAAUUCCAAAAUUAUCUGUUUGUGCUCUUCGUGUAACCCAAACUGCAAGAGCAAGAAUUUUGAAAGCUGGUGGUGAAGUUAUUACAUUUGACCAACUGGCACUUAGAGCUCCAACCGGUUCUAAAACAGUUUUGUUACAAGGCAGACGCAAUGCUCGUGAAGCUGUGAAGCACUUUGGUCUAGCUCCUGGUGUACCACACAGUCAUACUAAACCGUUGGUUCGUUCAAAGGGACGUAAAUUUGAAAGGGCUCGUGGACGCAGGCGAUCAUGUGGUUACAAGAAAUAGAUUAGUUGAUCUUUAUGUUACUACUGGAUUUGUAUUUAUUUUUUAAAUAAAUAGGAACUUCAGUAAAAUG